UCUGCGCUUCCACAGCGCCUGAAUGCGCAUGCGCACCGAAACUUCUUCCCAAACUUGUGGCUGGAUCAUGGCAGGGCUGUGGAGUUAAAAUGAGGCUUCAUCUCCGCAGCUGCAGGCUCUUCAGCCCCCGCCGGGUGCACGUGAUCAUCAUCCCGUUGCUGCUGCUGCUGGUCAUUGGUGCUGCUUUAACCUCUUUACUCCCCGCCCCUGAAGAUGGAGUCCUGGGCAUCCUCCGCCGGCGUGCAAACAGCUCUCGUCCUGUCUGGCUGCCGCGGGACGACUCGUUCACUCUGGUCAUGCAGACGUUUAACCGCACAGACCUUCUCCUGAAGCUGCUGAACCAUUACCAGGGUGUUCCUCAUCUGCACCGGGUUAUCAUCGUCUGGAACAACGUGGCUGAGCCUCCUCCUGUAAAGCUGUGGGAGUCGCUAGGGCCUCAUCCCGUCCAGGUGGUCUUCAAGGAACAGACCACUAACCUGAUGCGAAACCGCCUGCAGCCUUUCUCUGAGAUUGAGACUGAUGCUGUGUUGAUGCUGGAUGACGACACCCUGGUUAGCGCUCCUGAUAUCAGCUUUGCGUUCUCCGUCUGGAAGCCUUUUCAGUUUGGUCUGAUCCAGAGUAGCAGGGGUAAAAAGCAAUUCUCUGACCAGAUCGUGGGCUUCGUGCCCAGGAAACAUGUGACCACUGCCUCCGGAGUGUUCAGCUAUGGCAGCUUUGAACUGCAGGAUGCGGAUGUGGGAAGUGGAGACAGGUACUCCAUGGUGCUGGUGGGCGCCGCCUUCUUCCACCGGCGCUUCUUGGAGCUGUUCCGGAAGCAGCCGGCCGAGGUGCACGCCCUGCUGGACGAGACUCAGAACUGUGAUGAUAUCAGCAUGAACUUCGUGGUGGCGCGGGAGCUGGCGGGGUCCGGCCGGCCGUCGGGGGUGUUUGUGAAGCCUGUGGACAUGAGGAACCUGGAGAAGGAGGCCGGCAGCGGGUACGUGGGCAUGUGGCACCGAUCACACCACCUCCUCCAGCGCUCGUACUGCCUGAACAGACUGGCACAGAUCUACGGGCACAUGCCUCUCCGCUACUCCAACAUCAUGAUCUCACAGUUCGGAUUCCCCAGCUACGCCAACCACAAGAGCAGGAGCUGACGGCCCGGUUUACACGGCCAAUUACCCAACCCACUCAUUAGGACUCCUCCAAUACAUGUGAAGUCAGCCACCGCUUCUUUUCAUGCUGCUGCUGAUGUAGCAUUACCGAGCAGCCAGCACAGCGCGCUUGGAGGAAAUCGCAGCGACUCGGUUCUGAUACAUCAGCUCACAGACGCCCUGUGCUGUGGACAUCACCCUAGGAGUGAUGUGAGGAGAGAGCGCCAUCUACUGUACCCACCCAGAGGGAGCAGGGCCAAUUUUGCUCCCUCUAAGCGCCGGCAGCUUGAUGGUAAAGCUGUGUGAGCUGUGGUUCGAACCUGCGACCUCCUGCUCAUAGUGGCAGCGCUUUAGACCGCUGGACCACUCGGCACCAUCUGACAUUUUUUAUUCUUUUUUAAUUAUUAUUAUUAUUAUUAUUAUUAUUAUUUUUUAACCUUUAAAUUACAUUAUGAACACUCCUUACACAUGUCUAGAUCUCAUGUGAAAGAUCAGUCUUGGAGUUUAUCAAAGAAUAUUUUAAUGAAUUAGUGUCUCCUAUUUUAAUUCCAGUCUACUUUCCCAUUUUUAUUAAAGUGGAGGUCCACUGACUUUAAAUUCCAGCAUGAUUAAAUGAUUUAUAGUGGUGGUGAAAUUACAUUUAAUGAUAUUACCUAUAUUACCAAUAAAAAUGCCUAAAAUACAAUAUUGGUGGAAGGUUACAUUGCAGGGUGCUGUGAAAAAAGUAACUUUUUUCCAAAAUAACUUUGUUCUGUUGUUUGUAGAUAUUUAUUUUAUUUAGCUUUUAUUUUUCUGUAACAUGUAGUUUAGGAUCACAGUAGGGGUGUGAAUCACAGGCUAUCUUCUGAAACGAACGAUAUCAUCACUAUAAUAUAUGUUAUUAUAUAAUACUUCAUCUGUGUUACUGAAAAGGAAAAAAAAUCGAAAUGAUUUACUUAAUAUUAAAAUAUAUCUACAUCCAUCAUUACUGACACCCCGUUUUACUAAAGUUACUGCAUCAUUACUCCACGUGGUGGCGCUAAUGAAAUAGUCAAUCUGCGAUCAAAAUAUUAACAUUGUGCGGACUUUUUUUUGUAUUUAUUUUAUUUGUUAAAAUCUUAUAUUCAUUCUUCUAUCUGUCAGUGAAUUGUUUCACCUGCUGUAACACAAGUCCAAAGCAUGAUCCACCCACCCCCAUGCUUAACAGUUUGAGAGGCGUUAUUUUCAUUCAAUUUUGGACCUUUGUUAUUCUCCAAACAUACUAUUGCUUAUUGCAGCCAAGGUUUUCUAUUUUAACUGAUGUUACUUUGAAAACUUUUUGAGACUGAAUUGUGUGGCAGGGACAUGGAAGUAAGGCUUUGUUUUUAUAUAUGACUUUAUUUCAUAUAUUUUACAAUAAACCAUUGGAAUAUCAAAGCCA